UCCCCUCCAACCACCAUCGCAAUCCACCCCGGCAUUCCUCCCCUCCCGUCCUCUCUCGAGUUCACCUUCGGCAACGCGGUUAACUCACCGAACAGGGAUCCUUCCGCAUUGUCACGACUGAAAACGUCUCCUUCUGUACCCCCCUGCGCACCACGAGAUUAGAUUCUGUCCCAACAAGGAGAAGGGUAGUACGUGCAAGUUCACGAUGGAACCGGCCAAGACCAUAGAAGAACCCACGGCACGACCGCCGCCGUCACUCGAACUACAACCAUACGUACAACUGAGCGAUGCAGCGCUAGCAAAGAAGAUCCUCCUAGUGGAGGAUAACGCCGUCAACCAGAGACUAAUAUUGAGGACAUUAAGUUGUUUCGGGCUUACGAGUGUCGAUGUCGCUGUGAAUGGGAAGGAAGGGGUUGAUAUGGUUAAGGCGGCACCGUCGGCCUAUAGCCUCAUUCUGAUGGAUAUCUCCAUGCCGAUUAUGGGCGGGGUGGAGGCUACAAAAUUGAUUCGCGAGAUGGGACUUGAUAUUCCUAUAAUGGCUUUGACGGCACACGCGAUGAAGGAGGAUCGGGAAUCAUUCCUUACACGGGGGUUUGAUGGUUAUUUGUCGAAGCCUGUGCGGAAGCCGGAUUUAGGGGUGAUAUUACCGAAGUGGCUUGAUGUGAAUCAUGAGUCAGGGGUCGGCACUAAAAAAGACUGGGAAUGAUUAGAGGCUAGGAAUUAUACUGAGAUUAAUGAG